UCCCUCUCUGCAAGUUCCAUCAUUCAAACCUUGAAAUUACAAAAAAAAACUUCUCUCUCUCUCUGCGCAAGAUCUAUCCCUUGAAAUUGCGAAUAUACACCUCCCUCUCCCUCUCCCUCUCCCUCUCGGUCAAGAUUCGUCCCUUGAAAUUACAAGAAUACCCCUCUCUCUCUUUCUGCAAGAUGUCCCGAACAUGGGAAGACCUGCCCUCGGAAUGCUGGGAAUCGAUUUUCCGUCUCCUGAAAAACCCUAACCACCUUCAAACCCUCUCUCUAGUCUCCAAAUCCUUCCUCUCCCUCACCAAUACCGUCCGAUCUUCCCUCACCAUCUACGAUCCAACGGCCCAGAUCCUCUCCCUCCCCCGCCUCUUCCUCAGAUUCCCCCACCUCACCCACAUCAAGCUCGCCACCACCCCAUCCGUCGAUCUUGACCCCAUCAUCCGCGCCAUCGCCCGGUCCCACCUCAACCUCCAUUCCCUCGAUCUCUUCGGCCAAAGGUGGAUCCCCAUCCCCGCCAUCAGAGAUCUGGGCCGCAAGAUGGAUGCGACGCUCAGGAUCCUCUCCUGCAGGAGGCUCCAGUUUUUGGACGACCGGGAUCUGAUCGCCAUCGCCGACUCGUUCCCGUCCUUGGAAGUUCUCGACAUCGCCUACCCAGAGCAGGAUCUUGGCUCGGCACCUCCGCCAAACCCCGGUCAGUUCCCAGGGACGGUCACCGAUGCAGGGAUUGUCGAGCUUUCGUCAAAGCUGCGGAAUCUACGGUCAAUCGAUGUCUCAGGGAACCAUUUCAUAUCCGAUAAGUCUCUGGACGCAAUCUCUUUGAAUUGUGGAACUCUGGCUGAGAUUGUGGCCCGCGACUGCAGUUUUGUUACUUGUGACGGGGUACGUUCCGUUAUCUGCCGGUGCCCAAAUCUGGUUUCGUUGUCGAUAAACAGAAGCAGGGUCCCUCCUUCCUUGAUCGGAUGUGUUGGGAAGUCUUUGAGCUGUCUUAAUCUGUCCCAAAUGGUUAUUUCAGAUGAAUUGCUGUUUUCGACUGCUAAAGCUAAUCUCCCACUACAGAAGCUUGCAAUUUCCCGUUGCCAAGGUUUUACAUUCGUUGGCAUUUUGAUGCUUUUGUCUGCCUAUCAGUCUCUCCAUCAUUUGGAUCUUGAAGGAGCGGAUUUCCUCACCGACGGUUCAAUGUUGGUUUUAUCCGAAUAUCUCCGGAACAUAAUCUCCAUUAAUCUCAAAUCGUGUGCCCGUCUGAAAAAUUCGACGUUCUUCAACCUCGCGAUGAACUGCCAUUUUCUUGAAGAAAUCUGUAUGGAGAGGACGGGCCUCGGGGAAGAGGAUUCCAUGCCAGAUUUGGUGAAAAACCCAUGUAUACAUACAUUGAAGUUGGCAUGGAAUAAGAGCCUGAGUGAUGAAACGCUCAAAGGUGUGGGGUCCAUUUGUUCGGGAUUGAGAUCGCUUGACGUAAGCCAUUGUUGGAGCGUCACUGAAAAUGGAAUUGGGGAGAUCGGGAAGCGAUGCACUGAGAUAACGGAACUGAAGGUGAAUGGCUGUGGAAGGGUUCGGAAUAUAGGAAUGGGUGUGGAAUUUUUGAAAUUGGAGAUUUUGAGGGCGGCUGGAUCAGGGAUUGGAGAUGAAGGGCUGGCAAUGAUGGCCAGGCAGGGAUGUCGGGCCCUUCGGAUGCUGGAUUUGGAAGGGUGUUUGGGAGUGACCAAAAUAGGGGUGAAGGAGUUGCUGGGUAGCAAUGGCUGUGUGGAAUUGAAGGAGGUGAAUUUGAAGAAUUGCUGUAAUGUGAGUGCUGAUGUGUUGGCUUGGAUGGUGUUUUCAAGGCCGUCGCUUAGGAAGAUUGGCCCUCCUUCAGGUCAUCUUCCGAUGGGUAAGCAGAGGGAGCUGUUCUUGAGACAUGGAUGCAUGGUUUGUAAUGGUGAGUUUUGAGGCCUUUUUUUUCAAAAUUGAUUUGAAUUGUAGUUUUGUUUGUUCCUACAAUUUGUAGAGAGUUUUUAGGGGUAUUUCAUUGAUUUGAAUUGUAGUUGUGUUUGCCCCUGCAAUUUGUAGAGAAAUUCUCAAUUGGGGCCUAUUAACUUUCACUAGAUUGAUGUUGAAGAUUGUUUUGUGGUGUAUUGUUUGUUAUGACUAGUUUUUGAGAGGGUUUUCAUUGAUUUGAUUCUGAAUUUUUACUGAA